UACCAGGUAACCAGAGGCCAGCAGUAGCCUUACCUGACUUACUUGUCUGGAGGACCUAAAGGAAGCAGGAUGUUCUCCUGUUUUCAGGCUUCCAGAGGCUCCGGCCACAAAAAAGCCAAGAGAGGUCGCCUUGUCUGCUUUUGGAGACGUUUGAUUCGCCCUCUGACACACUUGAGGCAUGCUUCCCACAGCGAGCCCAAGGUCUGUUGUGAAAAUGAUCAGGAGCCAGACUCUAUGCCCAAGCACCCCCAGUUCAACUACAAGAGUCGAGAAUACGUUCAACAGAUGAUCCACUACAUACCAGCUGCUAUUCAGAACCGUGACCACCUCUGUCUCGACAUUUUUGUUGCCAUGUACCAAACGUAUGCUACCACCUGGGAGGUGCUGGACCUGCUGAUGAAAACGUAUGCAUCCUUCCAGCCAGACUUCGUGGAAGACCAGCAAACUAAGAGAGCCAUAUUCAGCUUUCUGUUCGGCUGGUUUCAGAAAUUCCCCCAGGAUUUUUAUGAGUCCCCAGACCUGGCUGUUUUGAGUCAGUUCACGGAGUACGUGAGGCUCAAUGUGCCUUCCCCAGACAUAGAUACCCAAGCCAGGGAGCCUCCCUCCAUGUUGGAGGAUCAGGAGGCCAUCGCACUUAAACUUGAGGAAGAUCCCCUAGGGCAGGAUGCCUCUGGGAGGCAGGAGACUCUGGCUCUGAGGCCAGCUUCUAUGGCAGAGCCACAGGGAGACGAAAAACCCGGAGAGAACACUGAGCUUGUGAAAAGAGCAGUUCUGGAUCCCUUUGAACCAAAAGCCACAAUAGAGCUGCCUCCGUCUUUACAUCAAGCUCUGCCCACAUCAGCUGAUACAUACUCACCUGUAGAUGUGGCAAUAGAUGAAGCUGCAGAUGAGGCUGCAGAUGUUUCACCUGCCAGGUAGUUAUUUGCAUCUUACACUGUGCAGUUAGGUACACCAGAUUUCGUUUUCCCUCUGCCUGAGGUUGACAUAUAGUUAGGAGAAUGAUCUGCAGAGUUCUACCCAGCUGAGGUUCCCCACCUAAGCUUAUCUCAUGUUUUUAGAGAAAAUAUCUUAUUGCUUUGUUGGAUUCUUUGUUUUUCAUAUUGUUGUUUUCAUUGUUGGGUUUUUAUUUAUGUUUGGAUAUUAAUAAAAGUGAAUUAUUUACUCUUC